AUGCAAGAGCUGCUAGGCGGGUGGCUUCAACCCACACAGGGAGAGAAGGAGACGUUACUAAGGCAAGGUACACGGGACCUGGCCCGGUUAGCCGACCAGGCCAUUUGUUGGAGGGACGAUAAUACACUGCAGAUCAGGCUUUACGAGGAACUUCCUCGUUGGCAACGGGAGUGGUCGACUGAAGCUAAGACAUUCUGGCCCACAUACCUGUGGAGCAGUAACCCAUGGAUUCGAGAAGCAAACGGGGGCAUGCUGACAGCCAAGAUAUAUAACCGGAUCCGUGUUUGCACGCUACCGGAGUUGCACAUUCAGCGAAUAGGACUGGCGGCGUAUACGCUCCGGAUUCCAUUGACCAGGCUUCGGCAACCACCCAAUCUGCACUAUCAUUACCAUUGGAAAGUCCUAGACACUAAACUCGUCCAAGGGGUCCCAGAAGGAACCGACGGCACCGACGGAGGAUAUUUUAUCCUAAAACCAGAACCGAACGGCGUUCACUGGGCUAUCCAACAAGCGUAA